AUGCAAUUCAACGUCAUUGCCCUUACCCUCGCCGCCAUGGCCUCCGUCGCAGCUGCUGAGACUGUCACUGUCUAUGCCUGCCCAAGCUCUACCAUCACCACUGCUGGUAUUGCCUCUUCCACCAUCGCCUCCACCGGUGUUGUCACUGCCGCUACCUCCACUGGCUCACCAAUUGCUUACGCCACUGGCGCUGCUUCCAUAAACGGUGUCUCUGCUUUGGGCAUGAUCGUUGCUGGAGGUGUUGCUCUUUUCUUGUAA